AUGGCGAUCGAACUUCGAGGAAACGCCCUUAUCUCCAUCAUCCUCCUCGCCUCGGGCCUGGACUUCCUCCUGUUCGGUUUCGACCAAGGACUCUUUGGAGGCGUUCUUGCGGGCGAGGGCUUCAAGGAUAUGCUGGGCAACCCAUCGGCAACUCGCACUGGUCUCGUUACUGCGAUCUACGACAUUGGAUGUGCCCUAGGCGCCGUCAUGGCGUUCCUCAUCGGUGACAAAGUCGGCCGCAAGAAGAGCAUUGUCUACGCCAACGUCAUUGUCAUCAUCGGAGCGGCCAUCCAAACUGCCAGUUUCUCCUAUGCUCAGAUGAGCGUUGCCAGAGUUAUUGCGGGUGUUGGAGUUGGCUUUUCCACUGUCGCUGUACCUAUCUUGCAGAGCGAGACGCUGCCGAGUCGGAAUCGCGGUGCUGUGAGUAACGGAUUUUGUUUGCCACAAGAGAAAAGAAGUACUGACAGAACCACCAGCNUUCUCGUCGUUCAAUCGGCUCUGAUUAUCAUCGGUGUCGCUAUCGCUUCAUGGCUAUGCUUUGCCACUCUCUACUCCAACACGAGCUUUCAAUGGCGCUUCCCGAUCGCCUGUCAGAUGCUGUUCUCCGGGCUUGUCCUUUGUCUGACUCCCUUCCUGCCUGAAACCCCUCGCUGGCUUGCUGAGAACGGUCGGACCGAAGAAGCUCGUCAGGUCCUUGCGCGUCUUGAAGAUAAGCCGGUCGACCACUUGGACGUCGACAACCAGCUCAACGAGAUUUGUGAAGUCAUUGCUAUCGAGCAAGAGGCUGGUGAUGCGACGUGGAGUGAAGUCUUUGCCAACUCUACCAAGUCGAGAAACUUGCACCGCGUUUUGCUCGGCAUGGGUCCUUACAUGAUGAACCAAUGCCCAAGCAUGGCUCUUAUCCUCGCCUCCGUCGCCUUCACGCAAUACGCCAUCUUCUCGUGGCCUCCGUACUUCUACAUUGACCGUCUCGGCCGUCGCUGGACCGUCAUCCUCUCAUCUAUCGGCUGUGCAGCAUGCAUGGCCAUCAUUGCCGGCGCACUUGUCAACCCAACCCACACCAACUCCAUCGUCGCAGUAGCCUUCAUGUUCCUCUUCAUGGACUGCUUCACCCUGGGAAUUCUCCCCGUCAGCUGGUCCUACUCUGCAGAAAUCCAACCCCUUCGCGUUCGCAACAAGGCCACUGCAGUCGGCGUCUUCGGCCACUGGAUGAGCAAUUUUGUUGUUGUCAUGGUAACACCCAUUGGCCUUUCCAACAUCGGCGGAAACUACUUCUGGGUGUGGGCUAUCGUUAAUGCGUCCUUUGUACCUUUGACAUGGUUCUUUGGUGUCGAGACUUCAGGCAGGAGUUUGGAGAAGAUCGAUCAUAUGUUCUUUGACGAGCCGCGAGUGUGUAUGGGUUUGAACAAGAAUCAUACAAGAGUCAUCAACAGGGAGAUGUACGAUGAGGAGAGGAGAUUGAGCAUUGCUAGGGACGAGAAGAAGAUGGAUGUUGAGCAGAUUUCGGUGGUGAGCAAGUAA